AUGCAGACUGCUUCUACAAACAUUUAUGAAAAAACUGUACAAUAAGUCCAUCCAUGAAAUUUCCUUGCUACUACAUAUUCAACGGUCAAGUGGUAUUAUAACAAAGCAAAAGCAACUGGGAACAACAGCAGCUCAGCCACGAAGUGGUAGGCCACGUACAAUGACAGAGCAGGGUCAGAGCAUGCUGAAGCAUAUAGUGCGCAGACGUUGUCAGCUGUCCGCAGAGUCAAUAGCUAAAGACCUCCAAACUUCCUGUGGCCUUCAGAUUAGUACAACAGUGCGCAGAGAGCUUCAAGGAAUGGGAUUCCAUUGCCGUGCAGCUGCAUCCAAGCCUUUAUAUCACCAAGUGCAAUGCAAAGCGUCGGAUGCAGUGGUGUAAAACACGCCGCCACUGGACUCUAG